AUCUGAAGUACCAAGCUCAAGACAAUUUCAUGAUGAUGGAUGAGGCUGUGCUGUGCUUGGCAGUAAGUCAUGACUCCGACAUGAUCGCCUCUGGAGCUCAGGAUGGAAAGAUACAGGUUUGGAGAAUUCUGAAUGGAACAUGCCUGAAUAGAUUAGAACGAGCCCACAGCAAAGCAGUCACCUGUGUCUGCUUCAACAAGGACAGCAGUCAACUAUUAAGUGCCUCCUUUGACCAGAUUAUCAGGCUUCAUGGUUUGAAAUCAGGAAAGACGCUGAAGGAGUUUAAAGGCCAUACGUCUCAUGUAAAUGAGGUCAUCUUCUCACAUGAUGGCCAUCAUGUCAUUAGUGCAUCGGCAGAUGGCACGGUAAAGGUCUGGAACAUGAAGACAAUGGAUUGCACCCACACAAUAAAAACCCCUGACAUUCCUGAGGGUACAGACAUCACUGUUAACAAUGUUGUGCUUGUCCCAAAGACUCCUGAGCACUUUGUGGUGUGUAAUAGGACCAACACAGUGGUUGUUACGAAUAUUCAUGGCCAGGUGAUGAGGAGUUUCUGUUCAGGCGUAAGAAGGGGAGGAGACUUUGUUUGCUGCACGUUGUCUCCACGUGGAGAGUGGAUUUAUUGCGUGGGAGAGGACUAUGUGCUGUACUGCUUCAGCACCAUCACUGGCAAACUAGAGAGAACCCUCACGGUACAUGAAAAAGACGUGAUUGGCAUAACUCACCACCCCCAUCAGAAUCUCAUCGCCACAUACAGCGAAGAUGGCCUACUCAAACUCUGGAAGCCGAAGAAGGUGGAUCUUCAGGAGCUCAAAGUUGGUCAUAAUUAACCCAACAUUCAAUUCCACCCAAAACAAAAAAUACAAGUGACUAAAUGAGUAACAUUGUGACAUUUUAUAAAUAGAACUACAAAUGGCAAAGUUAUUGGUCGUAAU